AUGUCUUUCUCUGACGCUGCACGUUCAAUCUUCAAACGUUGCGUACUAUGUCCUACUACAAGCCUCUCUUGCCCGCCAUGUGCGAAGAACGAAGCCUGUACCAUGAUCGCGCAGACUUGCGACCGUUGCGCGGCGAUGACCUGCACCCCUGUCGAUAACGGCAGCUCAGACUCUGGUUCCAGCGGUUCGGGGGGCGGAAGCAAUGCAGGCGCCAUUGCCGGUGGAGUUAUUGGAGGUAUUGCAGUCAUUGCCAUUGGCGUGUUUCUUUUCUGGUGGUUCGUCAUCCGCAAGAAGCGCAAGGAAGAGGAGGCUUUCGAAAAGAACUUCGCAACCGCAGACAACCGGCAACCAAUGCAGGCGCGAAGAUCGGUGGCCUCAAUUGCCUCGACAGUCUUCACGCGCGCAUCAAACGUCAUUCAGAUUGCAUAUAUUCCUGGCGUCACCAACCGGUCGCCUCCAGACACGCCGGGGACAUUGGUGCCACCGGUUCCGCCGCUGCCAGGCGCUUCUGCGGAUCAGCACUUCUUCAUGCCCAGUGAUCUACGUGACUCAUCCUGGUCAGGCAUGUCUGAGAACGAGCGUCGUAGUCUCGCGCCCAGCCUGGCACGCAGUAGUGUUGCUACUACCAUCUAUCGCAGCAAUGCUAUCGUCAGCCCCGUUCCUGCUCAACAGAUCGUCCGAACUAAGGCUGCCAUGGUCAGCGUCAAGUCCGCAGGCAGCAUACCCUCUCAAACGCCACCGCGGAGUCCACAGCCUGGCAUGGAUGCCCCUGAAGUUCCUGCGAUAACUACAGCGCAAUUGGCCAAGGCUGGAGUCGUUGAAACUUCGAGUAGUCCGAUCGUGGCGCGUACGGUUACUGCCAAACCGGUCAAUGUCCGAAAGGUUUCGCCCCUGAAGGACAGCGCCUCGUCAAAUUCUCCUCAGUCUAGUGCUAAGGGACAACCCGAGUCCUCCGCUAAUCAGCCCAGUGAAGGAGGCACUUCAACAUUCGACGAUGAGUCUUCGGACGAGGAGGAUUCCGCUGGGCCGACGCGCAAGAGUGUCCGACAAUCUGUCGCUGACACUUCCCCUGACAGUCCUUUCGCGGAUACGCACGCGACGUCAGGAUCUGGCCCCGCUAUCAACACAGCGGUUUCGACGUCUCGAAAUAGUCUGGAUGGGAAAGGCACUCACCGUCAGAGGAGCAGUGUCGGAUCGACUCGCCUCCUAGAGGAAGCUUUGACGAACGCAGCCAGAGAUUCCAAGUCAGAGCGAGGGAGCUCACACUCUCGGUCAUCGUCACUAAGAAACACGAGCCCUUUCGCUGAUUCAAACGAAGUGAAGUCUUCGUAG